AUGUCGAGCCAGCGGGUGAUAAGUGAGUCAACAGGCCUUUACAAAUUGUCUAUUGUCAACAAGCAAAAGAACAGCACAGGUUCUGAAGAAGAAAUCACUGAGCCAACUAAACCGGAGACUCCAAAAAAGGGCCUGCCCCUAUCUUCGCCUGUCAGAAAAGGAUCCAAACUUGAAUCGUCUCCUACUAGAGGUGGAAAAGUCGAAUCAGAUGAGCCGGGAAGCUUCUCUGAGAGCUUACUAUAUGAGCUAGCGGCAAAGAGAAGACAAGUCGUUGAGCUUAAGCAACAGUUGCAGCACGCAGAAAAAGAAUUGGAAACUCUAGAACAGAAAUGCAAAAGGAUCGGACAGGCAGAGAAAACGCCAGGCUCGCCCGAGAGACUACACGAAAUUACUGCAAAACUGCAAGAUACGUGGAGAGGCGUCAACAGCAGCCCCACGGUGCUCAAAAGCAAGCAAAGUAUAAGUAACUUCUUCAACGCCAAGGACCAAGCGUUCGAAGCAGAAAACCCUCAACCACUUCCAACAAACACAAAAUCCUCUUACUCCCAAAUGAUGGCGAGCAAACUACAAAACAUAAGAAAUCAGCAGACGCAAUCACCAUUUUUGAAGAAGCUCGUAAGCAAGUGGCAAGACUUCAGCGUCAACGAGGCAGAAGAGGAAGAGUUUGAUAAUGGACGGCCAACCGACAAAUACUACAUCAAGAGCAAGCUGGACUACGAUGACGACGAAGAGAUUUCAAGUGAAAGUGAACUCGAAAUGGACAAGGCAUCAACCGCUACUGAUCUUGACGGGGGCCCUGUUGUAUCUACAUUCAAGAGAUAG